AUGGGCAGUGUGCUUACCAAGCUAUUUAAGAACCGGGAGAUGCGGAUUCUCAUGUUGGGGUUGGACAACGCCGGCAAGACGACCAUCCUCUACAAGAUGAAGUUGGGGAAGACGCUGAAGACGGUGCCCACCGUCGGGUUUAACGUGGAGACGGUGAAGCAUAAGAACAUUCUGUUUGCCGUGUGGGACUGCGGUGGGCAAGAAAGAAUCCGCCCGUUGUGGCGACACUAUUUCACCGGCACCAACGCCCUCAUCUACGUGGUGGACUCGCUGGACAUCGACCGCCUCGACGAGCUGAAAAAGGAGUUGAUGCGGGUGAUCAACGACAAGGAGUUGGCCAACUGCCUUUUGAUCGUCCUUGCCAACAAGCAGGACGUGCUGGGGGCGAUUAAGCCCAAGGAGGUCAUUGAAAGGUUCGAAUUGAACAAGUUGACCGGCCAACACAUGUGGUCGGUACAGCCGACGGUGGCUAUCGACGGCACCGGGUUGACCGAGGCGUUCAACUGGAUUCUGACCCACUCCAAGUGA